AACAAAAAGAAGAUAUCUUACAAAAGCAGAAUAUAUCGAUUUGUUUCCGGUAAGUACACAUAUAUACUCCUGUUUUAAGCCCCGGGGUUUGAACCAGGAGUAUAUAUACAGUGGAUAAAAUAAAAUGUCUAUCAACUACAGGGACUAGUUAGUCGCACUCGACGAGCAUGGGUUCGAGCCCCAUGUUUUUUUUUUUUUUUUUUUUGCUUGUUUUUUUCUGUAAGUACACAUAUAUACACUACAGUUUUGACCAGGAGUAUAUAUACAGGCUCAGCGGAUAACAUAAAAUGUCUACCAACUACAGGGACAAGUAAGUCGCACUUGACGAGCAUGGGUUCGAGCCCAAUGUGUCUUUUUUUUUCUUCAAACUAAUAAAAAAUCAUUUAAAAAUUGAAAGAGGUUAUUCUUUCCUACUAAAAUAUGACGGGCCUCAUUUUUUUCAAACUCAAAUGAACUUGGGCGGGCCGGUGCUUGUCAUGAUCUGUCAAAAUCCUGGCAGCCCAAGACCACGGUAUAUAAGGUCCAAGAGCAACAGCCUAGACAUCACUUCAGCAUGGCUUCAGAGAGGAAACUAAGGGUUGCCGGCAACUACCGGAGCCGUAAAGAUGACCCUAGUAACAUUGAAAUUCAGGACUUUUACAAUCCGUGGAAUUUUUAUCACGUUAUGUCGCAAGAUGAUUCGUUCGUUGUUAACUGGUGCGUUCGUAACGGAUUACUGCAUGGACCGAUGCCUUGCCAUAGACCAGGAUGCAAUGGAACACUUUCCCUUGCAAAACGGUCAAGGAAUAUUUCAGGGGCUGUGCUAAGAUGUAACAAACACCGCGACCACGAGCAAAGUGUUAGGAAGAACUCUUUCUUCGAGAAAUCACACCUUACCAUACAGGACGUAAUGAUGUUUUCGAAAUCCUACUUGGACGGAUUUUCUCUUAGCACAUGCGCAAAAUUUGGUGGCGUUGCUUACGGCAGUACGGCUGUGGACUGGGGAAGCUUCAUAAGAGAGGUUCUUAAGGAAUUUUAUGAGAGAAAAUUAAAAAACAAAUUUUUAUCUGGAGAAAUUGAAAUUGAUGAAAGUCUUUUUGGACGAAAAGUAAAAUAUAAUAAAGGAAAUCCCCACAAAGGACUGCGAGUGUGGGUGUUUGGGAUGGUAGAAAGGGCCAGCAACAGUUUGAUCCUCUACCCUGUUCAUGACCGCCGAGCGAAAACAUUGCUGCCGCUAAUUGAACGCCAUGUACAACCAGGAAGUACAAUAUACAGUGACGGUUGGUCUGCAUACUGUCCACUAAACGAAAUGGGGUACAGACACUUCACAGUGCUUCACAAAUAUACCUUUAAAAAGGUAUAUGUCAAUAAAGAGACAAAAGAGACUAUUGCAGUAGAUACAAAUCGGAUAGAGGGGGCGUGGAAACAUGCUAAAGAUUAUUUUCGACGAAUGUCGGGUACGACAGCUUCUCAAUGGGAGUCUCACAUGGCCGAGGUGAUGUGGCGCAGUGUUGUUAAAGGAAAUGUAUAUUCCUUUUUUGACUUCAUCAAGGAAAUAUAUCCUCUUGACAAGCCAGCAGUAUAUACCUACAGCACUCCACUGUUUGAUUCAUGGACAGGUCCAAUUACAGAAAACGAGAAAAUGGAACCUGCAUUUUCAGAUGCCAAUUCGGAAUCCGGUAAGCUAAAUAUUUACAUUGUAUAUAUUUUAUCUAAAAUUGAUUGAUUGAUUGACUGAUUGAUUGUUUUCAAAUGUCUUAUGUCAAUCAAGUUGCAUAACAAUAAAACUAAGGGACAGGCAAUAAUAUCACAAUGCACAUGUUUUUUACAUAAAGUUAUUAAAUACAAAUAUAACAACAUAUUUGUUUAUAUGAUUUUUACGAAUCAAAAUAAAGCUAAUUAACACAACAUGACAUUAACUGCUAAUAAUAACAGCUCCGUCCAUAGACUAAAAUAAAAAGCAUUCCAAAAGAAACGUCGCCGAUAAUUGUGACAAGGGAAUUCACUCUUGUCAACCUUAAUGCCAA